CAGAGCCAACGCCGGCCAGAGCCAAAAACGGUCGCGUUUCUUUCCUCCCGGUUGUGCUUGAGCCUGUAGUUUUUUCACCCCUGGAAUCUUUCUUGUGCUGCGAGUGUUGCCCUCUGCGCUUUUACUGACCGGCCAGUGCGUCAUCAUGGCACGGGGAACGAGCGCCGGGUUUGACCGUCACAUCACAAUCUUCUCUCCCGAAGGAAGGCUGUACCAAGUAGAGUAUGCUUUCAAGGCCAUCAACCAGGGGGCUCUUACAUCCAUCGGAGUCAAGGGUGUCGACACAGCCGUGGUGGUCACACAGAAGAAAGUGCCGGACAAGCUGCUGGAGCCGUCCAGCGUGACUCACCUGUACCAGCUGACUGAGGGCAUCGGUUGUGUCAUGACAGGAGUGGUGGCCGACGGCCAGUCCCAAGUGCAGCGAGCCCGCUACGAGGCAGCCAACUGGAAACACAAGUAUGGCUAUCCGAUCCCGGUCGAGAUGCUGUGUCGCCGCGUGGCCGACAUUUCUCAGGUGUACACGCAAAACGCUGAAAUGAGGCCCCUCGGCUGCAGUAUGAUGCUGAUUGCCUACGAUCCCGAGCAUGGGCCGCAGCUCUACAAGGCAGAUCCGGCAGGAUACUACUGCGGUUACCGGGCCACUAGUGUUGGCGUCAAGCAGACGGAAGCCAACAGCUACCUCGAGAAGAAGUUCAAGAAACGCCAAGACUACAACUCCAGCGAGACCAUACAGCUUGCCCUGAGUGCCCUGUCGAGCGUUCUGUCGGCCGAUCUGAAGCCAUCCGAGCUGGAGGUGGGCGUGGUGUCCAAGGAGAACCCAAAAUUCCGCGUGCUCACCGAGCAAGAGGUGGACGCACACCUGAUCGCCAUUGCCGAGAGGGAGUGAAGAGUUUCAAUAAAAAAAAGAUGUCCAGUUCAUUAAA